GGCUGCCUGAACAAUAAUAAAUAGCACUAAAAUUCAAUCUGCUGUGCAGCACUAGCAAAGCUAUAUCUGAACUCAAGUUAGUCUUCUCUUAUGCAAUGCAGUACUAAAAAGUUAAGCUCCAUUAUUUGAUACUGAUAAGCAGAGGAGCUUGUUCUUAUCGGGUCAAAAGACUAUCGUAAAUUAUGGGGACGGAAAAUCGGAAACAAACUCGUGUCUGGUGUGAUGGAUGUUAUGAUAUGGUUCAUUUUGGUCACGCCAACUCGUUACGCCAAGCGAAAGCUUUGGGAGACUAUUUAAUCGUGGGAGUGCACACGGACGAGGAAAUUACGAAACACAAGGGGCCUCCAGUUUUCAACGAGCAGGAAAGAUAUGAGAUGACCCGAGCUAUAAAAUGGGUUGACGAAGUUGUCGAAGGUGCCCCAUACGUCACCACUCUGGAAACGCUGGACGAAUAUGAUUGCGACUUUUGUGCGCACGGGAAUGACAUCACGACGACGGCGGAUGGGAAGGACACUUAUCAGGAGGUGAAGGAUGCUGGGCGAUACAAAGAGGUGGAGAGGACUCAGGGAGUUUCUACGACUGAUCUGGUGGGGAGAAUGCUUUUGCUGACGAGGGAACAUUUUAGACGGGGUGCUAGUGAGUACACACUGGAAAAGGGGGAUGCGCCGUCGAACUUGGCCACUGAUGCCAAAGCACGAUCUCCGUACACCGGAAUGUCACAAUUUCUUCCGACUACUCGAAAAAUCCAACAAUUCUCAGAGGGGAAGGAACCCCCACCAAAUGCCAAAAUAGUUUACGUCGCUGGAGCUUUCGAUGUCUUGCAUCCGGGUCACUUGGCCUUCUUAAAAGCUGCGUGUGCUCUUGGGGACUUCCUCAUCGUUGGAUUGCACACGGAUCCUAUCGUUAAUACUUACAAGGGGUCAAACUACCCAAUUAUGAACCUUCACGAAAGAACUUUAUCCGUUCUGGCUUGCAAAUAUGUUUCUGAAGUAGUGAUUGGGGCUCCUUAUAUUGUCACUGCUGACCUCUUGGACCACUUUAGCGUCGCCGUCGUGGUGCACGGAAAAACGAAAAUUAGCGGGGAUCCGAUUUCUCAAGAGGAUCCGUAUGCUGAACCGAAACGACGAGGAAUAUUCCAAGAAGUAGAAUCAGGCUCUACAUUGACGACGGAUAUGAUCGUGCAUAGAAUUAUUGCUCGGCGAAUGGACUAUGAGAAACGAAACGAGGCCAAAGAGAAGAAAGAGCUCGCCAUUUUGGAAGCCAUUCAAAAUAAAUGAGUCCCAGCAAUUAAAUUCAUCACGCACAACUAUACAAAUUAUUAGUCAAAUAAGUCAAGAGUUCACAAAAUUGUGAACAUUUCCAAUAUUUUGUAUGACUUUUGCAACUUAAACUUAAGCAACGAGCUUUCCUUAACUGGUUCAUCAACUUGAUUAAUACUUUUAAACAUGUACUACUUUUUAUUCGUUUUUAUCCUUCUGUCAUUUUGGUACUUUAAAAUUCAAAUGUUGAAUUUGAUACUUCUCCGAAAUUCCAGAUUCGCAUUUUGAAUCCAAUAUUUUAUUGCCAUUCCUGCUUCCAAGUGAAUAAAGAAUAUGACAAAACUA